UAACGGUAAAAUAAAGUAGGCAGGUAUCUAACUUUAUUAUCUGUUACAUAUUUGGUAAUUUAUUGAAAUAAUAAUAUUGACAUGAUGUGCUAAGAAUAAAAUAUAGUGCUAUAUUAAAAAUGUCUAUUUUAAGCUAUAAUAUUCGUACCAUGAAAUAUUGCAACUAUAUGGUUAGUAGAUGCAUUUCAAAAACAUAUUCUGAACAGACUAAACAAAAUUUCGAACCUGUAUUUUCAUUACCUGCUAUUAAAUAUAUUGCAAUUUUAAAUAGAUUAAAAGUUUACCAUAUAAUUGGAAGCACUGUAGCAUUGCCCACAUGUGGUAUAUUAGAAAUAAUGAAUGUAGUACCAGAGCAUACCUUCUUCUCCACUGCCUAUGUUGGUUUGACUGCAGCAGCUGUAUUGUCACUGGUUAGCUUACCAUUUCGCAAUAUCAUUGGUUUUCUUUACAUAACUGAAGAUAAUCAAUUUAUUAAGAUAUCUUCAGUUGACUAUUGGGGAAAAAGAAAAGAUAAAAUUGUAAGAACAGAAGAUUGGUUUCCUCUUUUUGACUUACCACCAAAAGCAAUAGAUUCAUUUUAUUUGUCUCCACAGUUGUCUGAUGGGGCAAAGUACAAACUUUUAGUUAAAUAUGGUAAGAUUUUAAAUGCAAAGAAAAUUAGUGAAGUUUUAGAAUAAACAUUGAUUUUUUCUUUUCAUUAAUUUUGACACAUCAUACCUUAAGAUUAAUUUUUUAUUAGAGAGAACCAUUAGUAGCAAUAAAACAAAACUGUACUAAUUUAUCAUACUCUAUUUCUUAAAAUGUAAUAGUACUUACUGAGAACCAAAUCUUAUAAAUAUAUUUUUAUAACUGCAAAAUGGUUUGAUUUUUUCCAUUUUAAUGGUUUUAUUAUUUCAUACAAAUGGCUGAUGUUUAUUGACCCAUUUUUUUUAUUAUUUACAAAUUUAAAAAAUUGCAAUUCUGUACUGUGUGUGUUCACAAAACAAAUAAGGUAGCAAAAAUACAAACAUUUAAAAUUGAAACCUUUUUUCAACUUAGCUUGUUUCUAUGAUAUCAUCACGGUGAAGUAGGCCUCCUAAUAAUGACAAAAUUUUAGUUUUAUAACUUUGCUGUAGGUUAUUUUACCUGAAUCAAUUGUAGUUAAUUUUUUUAGGUACUGAAAUAAGGGUUAACAAUGCUGAUUGGU